AUUUUUUGAUCUCAGUCUUUUUUUUUCCCCCACCCCUUCGUUUUCUGAGAUGCCGCGCGAAGUCAUCACGCUGCAGCUUGGCCAAUGCGGCAACCAGAUCGGAAUGGAGUUCUGGAAGCAGCUCUGCGUCGAGCACGGCAUCAACCCGUCGGGUCGCCUCGAGGACUUUGCCGUCGAAGGCACGGAUCGCAAGGACGUCUUCUUCUAUCAGGCUGACGACGAUCACUAUAUUCCGCGAGCCAUUCUCAUGGACUUGGAGCCACGCGUUAUCAAUAGCAUCAAAACGAGCGCAUAUGCAAAUCUGUACAACCAGGAGAAUGUCUUCAUGUCGGCGGACGGUGGCGGUGCAGGUAACAACUGGGCCAGCGGCUACCGUCAAGGCGACGUUGUACACGACGAUGUCAUUGACAUUCUGGAUCGCGAGGCCGAUAACAGCGACAGCUUGGAAGGCUUUGUGCUGACACACGCUAUUGCUGGUGGAACCGGCUCAGGCAUGGGAUCGUACCUCUUGGAGCGGUUGAACGAUCGCUACCCGAAAAAGCUUGUGCAAACGUACUCUGUCUUUCCGAAUCAAGAGGAAAUGUCAGACGUCGUUGUGCAGCCAUACAACAGCAUCUUGACGCUGAAGCGACUGACGUUGAAUGCUGACUGUGUGAACGUGCUGGACAACACGGCGCUCAACCGCAUUGCAGCAGAUCGUUUGCACGUGGAGAAGCCGAGCUUUACUGAAGUCAAUCAACUGGUAUCAACGGUCAUGGCAGCAAGCACGACAACCCUGCGCUAUCCUGGCUACAUGAACAACGACAUGGUGGGCUUGGUCGCCAACCUCGUCCCGACCCCUCGAUUGCACUUCCUCACGUCUGGCUACACACCUCUUUCGACGGAACAUUCGUCAAGCGUGCGCAAAACUACCGUUCUCGACGUCAUGCGUCGGUUGCUGCAGCCCAAAAACAUCAUGGUGUCGACUCCUACUCGCACUGGCGUCUACAUUUCAAUCUUGAACAUUAUCCAAGGCGAAGUCGAUCCGACGCAAGUGCACAAGUCGUUGCAACGCAUCCGAGAGCGCAAGCUGGCGCAGUUCAUUCUCUGGGGUCCCGCAAGCAUUCAAGUCGCCCUGUCAAACCAGUCUCCCUACAUUCAAAGUACCAACCGCGUCAGCGGGUUGAUGCUAGCGAAUCACACGAGUAUCCAUACGCUUUUUGAACGAACUUGCCGGCAAUACGACAAGAUGCGAAAGCGCGAGGCUUAUAUGGACCAGUUCCGCAAAGAACCCAUGUUCAGCGACAGCUUGGAUGAGUUUGAUUCUUCGCGUGAGAUUGUUCAGCAAGUGAUUGACGAGUACAAGGCUGCCGAGCGUGCGGAUUAUGCCACCUAUGGAACGCGGCUUCCUGCCAGUACUGCAGGUGCCGGUGGGUCUGGUCAGUAAACCAAGCCAGGUUUUUCCACAGUUUCUCAGGAAGGCGGUGCCGCUGCACCCCUUGUCUGUAUUGCAACCAUGAUCUCGUUUUGUUACUUUAUUAAAGUUUGCCAUUUGUGAAAGA